UAUUUCCGGCACAGUAAUACCUCCGUUGAUAAUAUGUUUGGCUUUCAAGUGUUGUGCAUUACGUGAAAACUGUUGCUAGGCAACUAACAACAAAAUGGACGCCGCUGUUGUUUUUUCACUUCUUCUCUAUUUAAAAAAAAGCGCCAACAGCAAAAGUAACUAACGCUAGCUAACACAUUAAACCUUAAACAUAAACCGGUUAGAAAACAGUCUUUGACUUUUUUCCUUCCUUUAGCUUCUUAACUUUUGAUUCAGAGCUGAGUUGAGUUUUCAGGUUGGAGCGUUUAGAUGCGAGACGUUAACGGAAGAACCGACAGAAGGAAGAGACGCUGACGGUUAGAAGAAGAAGAAUAUAAAAGAGAGCAGGAAGUAGAAGAAGAAGAAGAGGAGGAAGAGGAUGGAGGGGGAGGUGCAAAGGGGAGGCGUCAGCAUCCAGGAGGAGGAAGCUCCUUCCAGUAAACAAACAGGAAGAAAGGAACUCAAACAUCACCGCUGUCAGCACUGUGACAAAGCCUUCAUGACAUCAAAAUCUUUAAAGAUUCAUCAGAAAGUUCACAAAGGAAAGGAACAUCCCAGCUGUGACCAAUGUGGGAAAACUUUCACUCAAGUUAGUAAUCUAAAACACCACCAACGCAUUCAUACUGGAGAAAAACCGUACAGCUGUGACCAAUGUGGGAAAACUUUCACUACAAACAGUAAUCUAAAACACCACCAACGUGUUCAUACUGGAGAAAAACCGUACAGCUGUGACCAAUGUGGGAAAACUUUCACUAAAAACGGUAGUCUAAAACGCCACAAAAGCAUUCACAGUGGAGAGAAACCGUACAGCUGUGACCAAUGUGGGAAAACCUUCACUGCAGACAGUAAUCUAAAACGCCACAAACGCAUUCACACUGGAGAGAGACCAUACAGCUGUGACCAAUGUGGGAAAGCUUUCAUUCAAGACAGUGUUCUAAAAGCCCACCAACGCAUUCACACUGGAGAGAAGCCGUACUGGUGUGAACAAUGUGGGAAAACUUUCAUUCAAGACAGUAGUCUAAAAAUCCACCAACGCAUUCACACUGGACAGAAGCCAUACUGGUGUGAACAAUGUGGAAAAACUUUCACUCAUGGCAGUUCCUUAAAAGCCCACCAACGCAUUCACACUGGACAGAAGCCGUACUGGUGUGAACAAUGUGGGAAAACUUUCACUCAUGACAGUUCCUUAAAAGCCCACCAACGCAGUCACACUGGACAGAAGCCGUACUGGUGUGAACAAUGUGGGAAAACUUUCACUCAUGGCAGUUCCUUAAAAGCCCACCAACGCAGUCACUCAGCAUCGUGUUGAGCAUGUUAUAGAGGCAGGUUAGCGGUGCCCCCCUGUCUCCUUUCCAUGCUUUUAAUAAUAGUCUUGUUGUAUCCUGAGCUUUUCUACAAACUAAAUAUUGCUAACUGUAAGUUGAGAAUCAGCAUGUAUGCCAUUAGCGGCCCACGUGAUCAAAUUUUAAGCUCAGUGAUUGGUCAUAGUUCACUAAUACCCUGAAAGUUCAUUUUUCACCUUGAUUUUCAUGUUGAUCCAAGAAGUAGUGCUCAAAAUGUGUCACGUAACAUUGUCAAUGGGGAAAAAUGAACAGCAUUUUUACACAAAAUAGGUCUCCCAGCUUGCAACUCUGUACUGCUCUGUGCAAAAAAAUGUGGCACAGCAAAUAUGUAUGGUGGUUAGAGAAGCAUAUAGUGAAACUUAAGAAAUCUUGAAAUAAGUUUAAAUGAGUUUAAGUUGGAUUUCAGAUUCGUUUUUGAUGGUUUUAUAGAUGAUUGAGGAACAGUUGAGUUUAAUGAAUGGUAAUUAGAUUUUGAGGAGUAACAGUAUGUUUGGGGCCAGACUGAGACACGGUGACACUAAAAUAGGAGAUAAAAUAUGUGGAAUGUUAAUUGGUUUAGGUUUAAGUGAGAAUUUAAGGGAAUACAGGUCUUAUAAUGAUGCAUUAAUGAGAACAGGUGAAUACAGGAGAGCUGAAGGUGUGUUUACCUGAGUCUGAGAGAGAUGUGAGACUCCUUUGACCUGAGCAGAUCUCUGAUGGAGAAGGAGAUGAAACCCAGAAAGCUCCUCUAAAAGAGAGAGAGAGGUGUUCGUUCUCAUCAAUACACUCUAACACUUCAAUGUUUGAAUAGUCUGUUUCAGCAUUUUCUGUAUGUUUGUAUCGUUCUAACAAAGCAGUGAUGGAGCCUUUAUUUCAGUUAAUGGGUGGUUUUCCACUGACUGUUCUAAAUGUUUUGGUUGCACAGGAAGUGAAAGCCAGAGGGACUUUGCCCUGAGUUUAGUGUCCAAGGUAGAGCACAGACCUACACCAUGUAUUUGGUUUUGACCUCAUCUAUGUUAACAGCCUGAAUAGAGCAUACUACCAGGGUAGCAACUAUUCUUGCUGGGGUCCAUAAGUAGCUCAGUUCUGGGCAAAAUGUCCUUGAGUUGUUGUUAUUAUUAUAUAUGAGAUCAUUAGAUUAUUAAUACUGAAGUAGCAGUGUUAGAGCAGCAUGUUACUGUUUUUGAACUACUUUAUAUACAGUUAGCUACUUUAGUCCAGUGGUUAGACAUCAACCUCUUUUAUUUGUUCACUUUUCAUUUUAUUUUUUAUUAUUUACCUCUUUUAAAUCCAUUCUUUUCUUUUUUCUGU